AUGGCGACGGAGCGAGAGCGCAAAACUGUGCGCAAGAGAACUGCACCUCAGCGACUAAUUGAGGAUGACAAGGAAGAAACCGCACAAGCACCAACCCAACAGGUGACCAUCAAUAAACUCAAAGAAGAAAACUCGUUUUUGAAAUCUAAAGUUAAUUUCCUUGAAGAAAAAUGCAAAGAUGUGGAAAAUGAGAGGGAUUUUCUUCGGAGCAGUUUAACCAAUGCACUGUCAACUAAAGAAACAAAAGAGCCAAAGAGGUCUAUUGUGAUCACAGAUUCUUCUGAUGAGGACCAUGUGCGAGCAGAAAAGAAAAAGUACAGAAAGGGAAGCAAGAAGACCAAAAGAGAUGACUCUCCUUCGAGUUCCUUCCAGUCCUCAUCUUCCUCCGACUCUUCUUCAACACCUCAUAAGACUAAGAAGUACAAGAAGGGAAUGAAAACACAGAAAAGUGCAAAAAGCAGAAGAGUAUUUUUACCAGAGCAAGUCAUAGGAAGAUACAAAAAGGUCCUGAAGUACCUGUCAAAAGGAGCAACCAAAACGGAGGCAUACCAAAAGUGCGGUGUGGAUAGGAAAACGAUUGUCGAUACGUCUGCCAUUGCUGAGUUGGAAGCCUGUGACAUCACAGCGUACAAUAAAUUACGUGCUGCGUUUCAAAAAGGGCAGAAGCUGUUUGCAGACCGUUGCCGACAGUUGUGCACACAGGAACCAGUGUGCAGUGCCAUAGAGGAAAAAAAGAAAAAUGGAGAGCUAAUAGACAUUCCACAAAAAAAUAAAUAA